AGUCACGUAAUAGUAUUUAAAAUAGACGAAAAUAUGUUCAGUAAACCACGAAAUUUGAAACAUUUAGCAAAAUUAUACAGGUAUUUACUUCUAAUAACUCUAGUUAGCAUUAUUCUACUAAGUUAUUACACUAUCAAUCAAAAACUACCAAUCAUAACCUCAAAAUCAAAAAAUGCGCACAUUUUCAACACUCCAGGAUGUUCCAUACCAAAUUUAAGCAUAACCAACGCAAAAAUUCGUAAAUUAAUUUAUGAUAUGCCACCGAUUGUAUGCAAUGAAGGCGUGGGACCAUUAUUUCAGUCUGAUUUUAUCUCGAUUCAUCUCCUACACGAUGCGUUAUCAACGUACAACGUAACUAGCGAUAACCUUGACUGUUGUUAUCAAUAUUUCAAAAGAAGAUGUCCGAAUAAUGACGAAAAAGACACACAAAUCGACUUUGAAGAAUGUGUACAGUUUACUAAUGAUUUCUUGAUUGAUAAAAACAAGGAUUUUGUUAAAAUUGAAUGCAGAAGUCGUGAUGAUACAACCCAAAUGAUUUAUGAAGAUUAUUUUGCUUCAAUCUCAUUAAAACCAAUAGAAAAUCAAGAUAAUGAUUAUACUACUAAUGAAGAUCAACUAAAUGUAUUGAUUCUUGGAAUAGACGCCGUUUCCCGAAUGAAUUUACAUCGCCAAAUGCCGAAAACCGUUGAAUACUUGCAAGAACUCCAAGCGGUUGAAAUGUUAGGUUAUAACAAAAUAGGAGACAAUUCAUUUCCUAACCUAAUUGUUAUGCUAUCCGGACAUAAUGAAACAGAAUUAAAUAACGCAUGCAGACCAACUGAUGAUUCUUUUUAUGAUGAUUGUGAAUUUAUUUGGGAUAAAUUCAAAUCCAAUGGAUAUAUAACUGCGUUUGGUGAAGAUACAGCUAAUAUUGGAUUGUUUACCUAUGAAAGACGUGGAUUUCAUGAGCAACCCACUGAUUAUUAUUACAACCAUUUUGAUUUUAUUGCUGAAAAUAAUGUAGGCAACACAAAAUUCUCUGGUAUAAAUCAAUGUAUUGGAUCUAGAGCAAGAUAUGAAGUAUUAUUGGAUUAUGUGAGUAAUUAUGCAAUAACUAUGAACGAAAAUAAACGGAAACACUUUGGAUACUUCUGGACUACAAGUUUAACGCAUGAUUAUUUGAAUAUGGCAAAGUUGGGUGAUGAUAGUUAUCGAAAUUGGUUAAGUGGACUGGAAUUGAAUGACACUGCGUUGAUUUUAAUGAGUGAUCAUGGAAUGCGUUUUGGAGAGUUCAGAAAUACUUAUCAAGGGGUUUUAGAAGAUCGUUUACCUUUUCUUUUUGUUGUUUUACCUGAAUGGUACCGUAAAAAACAUUCAGAAGCUUAUAAUAACCUAAAAAUUAACAGGGAAAGACUAAUAACUUUAUAUGAUGUGCAUCAGACAUUAUUACAUUUAUCUGACGUUAAAAACUAUCAAAAAACUAAUAAAAACAGCUUAGGAAUCAGUUUAUUUGAAGAAAUAUCAAAUAAACGCACUUGUGAUGAUGCAGGAAUUGAUCCUCAUUGGUGUACAUGCAAAGAAAGCAAUGCUUUGUCCCCAGAUCAUCCAGAAAUCAUAAAAGUUGUAAAUUUUACUCUUAAUGAACAUAUUAAUGCAUUACUAAAGCAAUAUGACGAGUGUUACAACUUGUUAUUGAAUGUAAUCUUAGAUGGACGCCAUUUUGUGUCCAAUUCCAAUGUAAAUUAUGAAGAUUAUACUGUUACCUUUAGAACUAUACCAGGUGGAGGUAUUUUUGAAGCCACAGUAAGAAAAUACAACGAUUCUAAUGAAUACAACUUAUUAGGAACAAUAAGUCGAUUAAAUUUGUAUGGAAAUCAAAGUAAAUGUGUUCAUGAUGUGUAUGCUAAACUGUUUUGUUAUUGUAAGAAAUAAUUUUCAUGUAAAAACGCAGCAAAAGCAAUAAUAUCACCAAUAAACAAUAAAAUAAAA